GCGCAGGGUGCUUCUGAGUGACACGGUGGGGUUCAUAUCCGACCUGCCCCAUCAGCUGGUGGAGGCGUUUCACGCCACACUGGAGGAGGUGGUUGAAGCUGACCUGCUGCUGCAUGUGGUGGACGCGUCAGCACCGGACAUGCAUCAGCAGCGGCAGGCAGUGAUGCACGUGCUGACGCAGAUGGGGGUGCCCGUGGAUCCAGGCAUGACCGCUGACGUCAGCAUGGCUGCUGGGGGGAGCAGCAUGGGUGUGGGACAUGGUGGUUUUGGUGUGGAUGGUUCAGGAAUGCAUGGCUAUGGCAACAGGAAAGAGGGGAGGUUCUUCACUCAUCCACACAUCAUUGAAGCUUGGAACAAGGUGGACCUCCUUCCUCCUUCGCACCCCCUGCUCUCCGGCUCGUCCAUUUUAGAGUCACAUCUGCAUAAGAGCACACUACACCCUGCUGUAGCACUGCCCAAGUCCCAGGAUCCGUUACAAGCACAACAUGGUCCAUUACUGAUAAAUCCUGCGCGGCAACAAGAAUUCCAGGAGGACAGUGCAGGAGUGCAGAUGGGAGAGGGAAGCGGGCAGUUGCACGCUCCUGUCACACUCAGGCUUGGUGGUGGGAGCACAAGGAAAGGGGAAAUUCAGAAGAAUUUGGUGGAGGUUCUACGCUCAAAGGAGCUUUUGCUCAAGUCCGAGCUUCGAGACCGAUUUUGA